ACAACCAGGCCCUGGAGUCGGGAGCGACGCUCUGCCGUGUCACUUUCAUAAACUUUCAGAUGUAGAACAUUUUACUGAUGUAGAAAUGUUGCAAUCUGAGUUUUGUGAACAACGAAGCGAUUCAGGCUGCGUUGGCUGUCUGUCCACCGCCGCCGAACACUGGAGAGAAGGGAAGUUCCAAAAGAUCCACAGAAAGAAGAACAGCGCGGGCCAACGCGCCGCUCAUUGUUUCACAGCCACUUUUUUUGAGAAGUUUCAAAACUUCCUGUUUUUGCACCUGACCUCAGCGGAGCGCGAGUGUCAGAUACGCUGAAGAACAGGAAGCCGCUGUAGAAGCUGUUAACACACAUCCUGAGAGAAAACAACUACACUGGCCUGAUAAAAGCACCACCAGUGCUCUGCAGGCGUUCUGCUCUGAUCUGGACUCGAGGUGGACUGUAUCUCUGGAGGGAUUAUCUAAAGGAGGUUCCUGCUGUUACCCGGCUUGGGGAAUGAGCCAUGGGGGACUCUGUGGAGAAGAGCUCAGACGGCCCCCAGCCCGGGGAAAGUUACCAAGGGUGUGCAGAUCUGCUGGAGACGCUGAGCGAAGGCAGGCUGGAGGAUGGCAGCGUGAGGUUCGAGGAUUCCGGGCUUCCUCAGCAGCUGCAGGACGGCCUGCAGAGUCUCCGGCUGGACGGCUUCCUCACAGAUGUCACGCUCAGCGUUCAGGGCCAGCUCUUCCCCUGCCACAGGGCCAUCCUCGCCGCUGCCAGUCUGUAUUUCAGAGCGAUGUUCUGUAACGACCUGCGAGAAAAACACGAGGACUGCGUGAACAUUAAAGGAAUCGAUGCGGAGAACAUGAAGAUCCUGCUGGACUACACCUACACCAGCAAAGUGCACAUAACCAAGGAGAACGUUCAGAAAACUCUGGAGGCGGCCAGCCUGUUCCAGUUCCCGCGGGUGGUGGAGGCGUGUGCGGUUUACCUGGCGGAGGCGCUGCAGCCGGAGAACUGUGUCGGAAUCCUGCGUCUGGCGGACACUCACGCUCUGGCGGGGCUGAAGACGCAGGCGCAGGUGUACCUGGUGCAGCACUUCGGGCAGGUGUGUUCGGGGGAGGAGCUGCCGGAGCUGCCGGCAGCCGAGCUGAUGGCGCUACUGCAGAGGGACGAGCUGGGGGUCAGUCAGGAGGAGCAGGUGUUCGAGGCGGUGAUGCUCUGGGUACGAGCGGACCGGGCGGAGAGACUGCCCCUGCUGCCCCGAAUCCUGGCACACGUACGGCUCCCCCUGCUGGAUCCCUGCUACUUUGUGGAGAAGGCGGAGGGGGACGAGCUGAUCCGCGGCUGCCCAGAGCUGUUCCCUCUGCUGCAGGAGGCCCGCACGUACCACCUGGCAGGAAAUGAGGUGAUUUCGGAGCGCACCAAGCCGCGGCUGCAGCAGUUCCAGUCAGAGGUGUUCAUGAUCAUCGGCGGCUGCACUAAAGACGAGAAGUUUGUUUCGGAGGUGACGUGUUUGGACCCCCUGCGCCGCAGCCGGCUGGAGGUGGCCAAGCUGCCAAUCACAGAGAUGGAGGCGGAGACUGACAACAAGAAGUGGGUGGAGUUUGCGUGCGUCACUUUCCGUAACGAAGUGUACCUGUCAGGAGGUAAAGAAACCCAGCACGACGUGUGGAAGUACAACGCUUCCCUCAACAAGUGGAUCCAGAUCGAGUUCAUGAACAUCGGCCGCUGGAGACACAAAAUGGCGGUGGUCGGGGGGAAGGUCUACGUGAUGGGGGGCUUUGAUGGCGUUCAGAGGCUCAGCAGCGUGGAGGCGUAUGAUCCCUUCCACAACUGCUGGACCGAGACUGCUCCUCUGAUGUUCAGUGUGAGCUCCUUCUCUGCAGCCAGUUAUGGAAAAUGUAUCUAUGUGAUCGGAGGAGGUCCGAACGGAAAACUGGCCACAAACAGUGUCCAGUGUUUCGAUCCAGCUGCUAAUAAGUGGACGCCGAAGAGUCCGAUGCCCGUCGAGGCCAAAUGCACCAACGCUGUGACCUUCAGAGACUCCAUCUACGUUGUGGGCGGGGCGAUGAAGGCUCUGUUCUCUUACAGGCCGGACUCUGAUGAGUGGAUGCUGGUGACAGAGUUGGGCAGUGAGCGGGCGAGCUGUGGAAUCGCCGCCUGCAGUAAUAAACUCUUCGUCACAGGUGGGCGAGACGAGAGGAACGAGGUGAUUGCCACGGUGCUGUGCUGGGACCCUCAGACCCGCCGGCUGACGGAGGAGUGCGUGCUGCCCCGGGGGGUCUCCCACCAUGGCAGUGUGACCCUCAGGAAAUCCUACACCCACAUACGCAGGAUCACUCCGGGGACCGGUGCCGGAUAACCACAGACUCACUCCGGGACACUUUUAUACCGGAUUGACUGGAAAGCUGGAUUUUCCUGUUAAUCAUGUGGGGGAUACUGAGCACGCUCACUGGGCUGGCAUUCCCACAAUGCACUGCACAAAUGCAGCUGUGAUCCAGUAGCAGUUUCUUCGUCUGACAGGACCUCUUUGGGCGUUUCACUGUAUUUAUGUUUAGUUUUAUUUCUGUUAUUUAAUUUCUGUAAAUACAAAGACGUAACAUUACUGUGUAUAAAUGAUUUUAUAUUGUAUUGGAAA